CCGUGCUGUCGAACGGUGGCGCAAACGGUCUGGUCGGUUCGUUAGAUCCAGCCUUACGCUCCACCAUUCUUCCCCGUACCGGUGCUUUGCGACCGAAUUAGUGCAAGUGACGGCAAGGUCGGCAAAGGUAUAGACCAGGAAUAAGAAUAGUGUAAGGUGAAAGAGCAAAAAUAUAUAUAUAGUGUGGUUUGGUUGUGCUGUGUUUGCCCUUUUUGCCAGUUUUGGCAUCGUGAACGUUCCCAGGAUGUAGCAGGGAGGCUAAUAAUAUCAGUGCAAACGAGUCGCGGUCGGGGAAGUUUUAAUGGCCAUCAAAGUGUGAUGUGGUGCGUGUGGGAUGUGGUGCAUCGGCAGCCUGCCGUACAGGGCUAAUCCGCAUCCGGUGAACGCUGCCAAUGUAAUGAACGACAUUGUUAGCCAGGUUAAUGUGACCACUCAGUUGUGGUGACGGGCAACGGAACGCCCCAGCACCACUACGUAGUUCGUGACAUCAUAAUCGCACUGUUUGAUGCUUUGGAGGCAUGAAGCAGAGGGUUUUGAUAUAAAGCGAAUAACGGGAAACGGCUAAAUGUUGGCGGAUUAGGAGUGGUGAAUACGCGCCUCUAGUUGCCAGGUUAUAGACCAGAUGUUGCAUAAAAUAAUUACUUUUACUGAAACCAGACGCUAAGCUCGCUAAGGAGAAUGAAUGGCAACAAUGGAAUAAUGCUCAAGUGCGAGUGUGUUUUGCACGUUUGUUUUAAAAUUUGUAUGCAGCCGCAACGAAUUGCACAACGAUUUCGUGUUCAUGUGACUGACGGUCACACGCUGAUUGACCGCGAGUGACUCCGGAUGCAAUCAGCCGGCGAAAAUGCGGAUGUCCUCUGCAGUAUGUUGAAAGCCUACCGACCCUCUUCAAGCUACACUAUAAACCAGCAACUAUUCAACUAUCACCGUGCAUUCGAUGGCGGCGAAUAAUUUCCGGAGCAUCAAUUCCAUCGCCGCGUUCCACUCCGUAGUACCCAAAAGGGAGUACACAUAAUGCUUCUCGUCGCGCCACAGGAUACAAUGGCCGUACCACGCAAAAGCCGCAUAACAGUUCACAUCACACUACAGUGGCUGACCAGCUGCUGAAAUAUAACAUUCCGGUGCGUUCAUUCGCCAAUAUUGAACCCUUUUCCCAGCGGGGUGACAUUUUCUGUGUCCGUGUGUGCAUGGCAUAGUGUUUCGAUUAUGAACGAUAAUUUUAUGGUGAAGAGUUGUCUCAUUUUGUUCAUGAAACGAAACAUACAGAAAAAAUAUUGCAAUCAUUGGUAUACAGUGUCCCCAGUGGCUUCCAGCAGCAAAGCAAUGAAAUAGAAUGAAAUUCCGACUGAUAAACAAUCAAGUACGUGCUGACGGGUGAAUAUGUGAAGUGAAGUGCUGGCCGUGGUUUAAUAAAACGGGCAAUACGGGUACAUCGGUGCAGAUGCCAACGACAACGAAACAGUGAGAUCUAGAGAUCCCAAGCAAACAGUGAUAGAAAUCAAAAUUAUGGUCUCCAUCAACGGUUCCACCAUCACCACCAGUGCGUCGAUCAUCAUCAACUAUACGACGGCCCUUUCCACCACCUACCAGGAGCUGUACGUAAAUCUGCAGCUGAGCGAGUCCGGCCUAGGCACAGUAUUUGAUGACCGGCACCGAACGAAUGGUACGAUCAGUUGCAGCCGGUCCUGCCUGUCCUGGAAGAAGCUCGUCCUGGUAGCGCUCUUCUGUCUGCUGAUAGUGAUCACUGUCGUCGGCAAUACGCUAGUGAUCCUGUCCGUGCUGACAACGCGCCGGCUUCGCACCGUCACCAACUGCUUCGUAAUGAGCCUGGCCGUAGCGGACUGGCUAGUCGGAAUUUUCGUCAUGCCUCCCGCCGUCAUCGUGUUCGUUGUUGAAUCAUGGCAGCUCGGAUGGAUCCUGUGCGACAUUUGGAUAUCGCUCGACGUGCUGCUCUGCACGGCCUCCAUACUGAGCCUUUGUGCAAUCAGCGUUGAUAGAUAUCUGGCUGUUACGCGACCGCUCACCUACUCGAAACGGAGACGCUCGAAGCGGUUAGCACUGUUGAUGAUUUUCGUCGUUUGGCUGGUAGCACUUGCAAUCACCUGUCCUCCCAUCCUGGGCUGGUACGAUCAGGAUCGAAGGACACUACAAAGUUAUGAGUGCCACUACAACCAGAACAAGGGCUACGUGGUGUUCUCCGCGAUGGGUUCGUUCUUCAUCCCGAUGACCGUGAUGUUGUACGUCUACUCGAAGAUAUGUUGUGUGCUAACAUCUCGACAAAACAGGAUGACCAAAACGGAGGCAACGGAGAAGAACUGCGAUAUCGAAGUGGACAACUGCACGUCGGACGCAGACACCAGCCCCCGGCAGAUGGUGAGCGGUGCAUACGGUGGCCGGCACGCCCUAUCCACCAGCCACUAUCCAAACGGCAGCAGCAGCAACAACACGUCGCACCAAACGCUGUACGAGUUUCUUAGCUCGAACCGCACCACGCCGAAUGUGGCAUCGCGCGGAACCCAAAGUACCACGCGCAACGGUAGCAAUGCUAGCGGCAUGUCCAAGUUUUCCGGCGCCACGUUUGAGCUGCGACCGAUCAACACGGUGCAGUUUAGUGCGAGCCAAAUUUCGUUGUCCGAAUCGUGCGCCUCGAACGUGACGACCAACGCGACCAAGGUACGGCUGCACGGGAAACGCAUUCCGAUACGCAUCUCGUCGCUAAAGCGCGAAACAAAGACGGCCCAAACGCUCAGCAUGGUGGUGGGCGGGUUCAUUGCCUGCUGGCUGCCGUUCUUCGUGUACUACUUGUUGAUGCCUUUCAUACCCGACGAUUCCAAGAGUGACGAUCUGAUGGAGUUUCUGACCUGGCUCGGGUGGAUCAACAGUGCGAUCAAUCCGUUCAUCUACGCAUUCUACAACGUUGACUUUCGGGUUGCAUUCUGGCGGCUGACGCUGCGCAAGUUCUUCAAAAACAAGCACAACCUCACCUUUUACAAAUCGUAGACCUGCAGCAGCAUAAAAGACCGGCCUUUUGUAGAGCCGCCCGUACCGCAUCAAAAGACAGUCAGUGUUUCGUUACGUUAUGCAUAGAAUCCAAAAUAAAUAAAUAACUAAUAUCAGUUACA